UCAGAGGCGUACUACAGCCAGCUCCCCAUUCCCUCCUCCCCCUCCUCCUCCUUCUUCUUUCUUCCGACUCUCAAUGUUCGGCAGCCGGCCGGAGCCUGCUCGUUUUCCCCCCCCGGGCUCGGUGUCUCCAGGAUCCCCCCUUCCCAGCACGGCAUCCAGCGGGCGUGAGAGCAGCAGUGAAGGGCAGAGCUGCUGAGGCUAUCGCUAAGGAAUAAAUAAAUCUGCCAAGAUGUCCAGUGAUCGGCAAAGGUCAGAUGAUGAGAGUCCUAGUACCAGCAGUGGAAGUUCAGAUGCUGAUCAAAGGGAUCCAGCGGCCCCUGAACCCGAGGAGCAGGAGGAAAGGAAACCGUCAGCAGUCCAACAGAAGAAGAAUACCAAAAUAUCCAGUAAAACCACUGCAAAGCUAUCUACUAGUGCUAAAAGGAUUCAGAAGGAGUUAGCCGAAAUAACCCUCGAUCCUCCUCCAAACUGCAGUGCUGGCCCAAAGGGAGACAACAUAUAUGAAUGGAGGUCGACUAUUCUGGGACCACCAGGAUCUGUAUACGAAGGAGGAGUAUUUUUUUUGGACAUCACCUUUUCAUCAGAUUAUCCUUUCAAGCCACCAAAGGUCACAUUCAGAACCAGAAUCUAUCACUGUAAUAUCAACAGCCAAGGAGUCAUCUGCUUGGAUAUUCUGAAAGACAACUGGAGUCCAGCACUGACUAUAUCAAAAGUUUUGCUAUCUAUUUGUUCUCUCUUGACAGACUGCAACCCUGCUGAUCCUCUGGUUGGAAGCAUAGCCACUCAGUAUUUGACCAACAGAGCAGAGCAUGACAGGAUAGCCAGGCAGUGGACCAAGAGAUACGCUACAUAAAUUGUACAGCGUGAAGAAGCACAAGGCAUCUGUACAAUGUGCGAGGAAUCUUUAUAGCCUUUACAAUACGGACUUCUGUGUAUAUGUUAAACUGAUUCUACUCUCUGCUUUUAUCCUAUAUGGUUAUCCUGCCCCGAAAGGUAAAUGCUAUCAAGAGUAGAACUUUGUAGCUGUAGAUUAGUAAUGUUAAAAUGCCUACUUGCAAGUCUUGCUUCUUUGGGAUAUCAAAAUGUAUUUUGUGAUGUACUAAGGAUACCGUUCCAAACCAAAUAUUAUUAUAGUGCAUUUUAGCCUAAUUCAUUAUCUGUAUGACGACGUUAUUAAAGUUUAGCUGUAGAUUACUAGAAAAAAUGUCAUUUGUAUUAAACCCAGAAAUAUUUCCAAUUAUGUGGUACACGCUGUUGUGAAUACUGUUUUGCCUUUGUCAGUUUGUACUGAAAGGAUUUCCUUUAUCCCUUUGUAGCUCAGAGAGCACCCAAUGUAUUACCCCAAACACAAUAAACAUGUUCCCUAAGGUGUA